AACGCUGUUCCGUUUCCAAGCACAACCCCAAAGCAAAACAGUACUCUUCUCGCUACCGUUCAUUGCAAAUCUCUCAGUCGUGAACAUCAUUCCCACUUUAUUUUCAUUACAGUGCCUUCUGAGCCUUAUGUUAACGCACUGUAUUUAAUUCUAGAGUCCUUUAUUUUCACUCCUUGUCACGAUAAAACUCCGCAUCACCCUGCUGUAAUGGCUGAUUUUGGGUUUAAUGAGCACCAUCAGAAUGAGGUGAUAAACUACAUGCGCUUUGCCCGCUCUAAACGGGCCUUGAGACUGAAGACAAUCGACUCCUGCUUCCAAGACUUGAAGGACAGUAGGCUCAUAGAGGAGACUUAUACGGUGGACGAGGUGUCUGACAUGCUUGACGGGCUGCAGGUGCUGGUGCAUGGAGAAGUGGAGAUGGAACUCAUAAACACAGCUCACACUAACGUCCUUCUGCUGCGACAACUCUUUUCCCAGGCGGAGAAAUUCUAUCUGAGACUGCAAACAGACAUUUCUGAGCUAGAGAAUAGAGAGUUACUGGAACAAGUAGCUGAGUUUGAGAAGACUGAUUUCAAACCCAACAGCAAGGUAAAUCAGGAGUCCAGUAAGCCAAAAUUAGCACCGUUGAAUGAAGGAGGUGUUUCUGAACUACUCCAGAAGGAGAUUUCCAGACUACAAGAGGACAAUGACAAAUUGAAAGCUAGACUCAGAACUUUGGAAUCUCAGGCCAUGAGUGCUCUAGAUGACAAGUCCAAAGCAGAGAGAGCCUUGAAAGCCCUUCAAAAAAGCCAAGGAGAUCAUCAGUUUGCAAUGUGUGCUCAGGAGAUCGCAAAUCUGGAAGGCACAGUUGCAGCAAUGCAGGCUGACUUUGAAAAGACCCUGAAUGCCAAUGUUGCUUCUCAAAAAGACCUGCAAGACAGCCUGGUAUCUGCUAAACAUGACCUACUCCGUGUCCAGGAGCAACUCUCCCUUGCUGAGAAGGACCUGGAAAAGAAAUUCCAGCAGACGGCUGCAUACCGCAACAUGAAGGAGAUUCUCACUAAAAAGAAUGAACAUAUUAAAGAUCUGAGAAAGAGACUACAAAGGUAUGAAUCAGAUGAGUGAACAUUUAACCCACAGGACACAUAUGAGGAGGUCAACAGAAGGACUUUUAAUGCAUAUUAAAGGAAGUGGCCAUUUUUGUCUAAAAAAGGUAUACAUUUCAAAAAGGCAAAGGACCAAAGUAUGAUCAACAAAAAUGAGCUGAGAUUCUUACACAGCUCUAUGCCUUAUGUAAUUCCUCAUUGGUGAGAUGGUCUACUACUUAUCAGCUACAGCUUGUUGUACAAUUUAAUGCUUUGCAAUAGUUUAGAAAUUGCAUUCAGACGUGACACAAAAAUUGCUUAGUUAUUUUUCACCAGUUCUCUCUGUAUUCUUCAUUGUCUACGGCUAGCUACCCGAGAGGUGCUUUUUGCAAGUACUUUGAUGUUUUUGCACAGAAGAUUGUGGGUUCACGUUGCUAAAGAGGAAACGUAAUGUCCAAGGCUUUGUUCUCAUCUUUCCAAAAUGAAUACAGCUUGACUCUGCUGUCAAAUUCUUGUUUUUAGAUCCAACAUACUUUAUUUUCAAAUAAGUAUAUAGAUGUGAAUUCUUUUCUUUUUUUUUCUUUUUUUUUAUGAAUAAAUUAGUCUACUAGAACAUUUUUCUGCUACCACAAGGACAUAACCUAUACAAAAGUUUGUAGAUUGUAACAUCUUGUAGGAAAUAUUGGUAACACUUUUGAUGAAAUUGUGUUUAUAAUUAAGAAUUGUUGACCAUUUUGGUCCCACUUUAUAUUAAGUGCCUCCAAGUACUAUGUACUUACAUCGACAAAUAAUUACAAUGUACUUAUUGUGUUCAGGUUGAAUUGUAAAACACUUUUCCUGCUAUUGAGGAGUGAUACGGGCAAGGUUAGGGACAGGUGUGGUGGCAUGGGUAGGUUUAAGGGUUGGUUAAGGGGUAAUGGAAGGGUCAACUGUGUAAUUACAAAUGUAAUUACAUACAUUAAUUACAGCUCUUAUUACAUGCAGGUAUUUUCAAAAUAUAAGUACAAUGUAAAAACAUAUGUACACAAUAAGUACAUUGUAUCCAAUUAUUAAUAUCAAUGUAAGUACAUAGUACUUAAAGCCACUUAAUAUAAAGUGGGACCGAGUACUAGUCCACAUACUUUGUUUUGACACUUACUCCUCAAAUUACUUGGAAUCUUUUAAGAUAUUUUGUAAACUCAGAGACCAGUAAAAUGUAUCUACAUAUUAACACUACAGGCCAAUUAGAAGCUGAAUGCAGUCUUUACUUCACUAGAGGCACCAGUGCUUUUAAAUAUGUCCUGUAUUGCACAUUCAUUGUAUAUUUAUAUGCUAUCCACAGUAUAUUUUUGUAAGACCUAUGUCCUUUCCCUUUCCAUCAGUAAGGAUCACUGUAACCGCGAUUUAGAAGUGAUAUUAACAUUUCUAGUGAUGUAAUAGUGUGAAAUGUAAUGGUUCACUUGAGCUCAUAAAGUUUGCUUUUGCAGCAUU